AUGGUGGCCAAAGAUGAGGGCAGCAACAGGAGGCCAGCCAUCCUGUCCUAUGCAGAGUCCGAUCUGGCAUCCUUGGCGAUUUGCGGCUAUAUCGGUGGCCGCUGCAUGCACUUGAAAUAUCCGGGCCCGGCGUUUCCCAGCCCCGAGUGGGUCGCCUGGGGCCUGGCGGGGGCCUUGCUGACAGCCUUCGGAGGCGGAAGCAUGUACGUGCUGCUGAUGAAGAGGCCUGCGGCGCAGCCAGCCUUGCUGCGGGGGCCGCUGGCCGGUGCCUAG